CAGAGUAGCGCCUGCUGUCUGCGCAAGUGCAACGCGGCAAAUUACACGCCACAGCGGCAUAAACACCCAGAUCCUGUAGCUUGUGUCUGGUGCGAGCUCAUCCGAAGUUUCUUCCUACGCUUCAUUUCAUCUUUGCCCGUCACAGACAAUGGACAAGACACACUCACUCACACCUUCACACACACACACACACUCCUCGGUACAAACAGUAACACUCAUCGACGCAGCACAGACUUCAGCUAUCUUCGCCUCUUCGGAUCAGAUGAUGCCAUUGGGAUCGUCGUGCCUGUCCGGCUUGACCUGCCCCGCCUGUCUCGUCGUCGUCUUCUUCUCUGUAAUUCUGCCCUCCACAACCUGAACCACUUCUUCAACUGCCCUCUCGUCGUUACCCCUUCCGGCUUCCGGUUGAGUCGAGUCAAGUCGAUACACUGCCUGUCCCUUUCGGUCACAUUCUCGCCACUUUUCAGAGCCCCUUCGAAGCCGACGGGAUGCUGUCCGUUUGCCCGUCAAAGUCCCGACUCUCUCUCUCUCUCUCUCUCUCUACUCUAG